CUCCCACCAGGAAGCGCCGCCGCGCUGCCCGCCGCGCUGGGGCCGCUCCGGCCGGGCCCCGCCGCGCUUUGCGGGCCGUGAGGGGAGCAGACGAGCUGACCGGAAUCCCGGGGCCGCUCCGGCCGGGCCCCGCCGCGCUUUGCGGGCCGUGAGGGAAGCAGAUGAGUUGACCGGAAGCGCGGGGCCGCUCUAGCCCGCUCCUCCGCCCUUUGCUUGGCCGUGAGGGGAGCAGACGAGUUGACCGGAAGUGCGGGGCCGCUCCGGGCCGCGCUCGCUGCUCCGGGAGGAGUGACGGCAGAGGCGGCCGUGAGGGAAGAUGGCGGAGGCGGCGAUGCAGCAGCACCGGUUCUUCUGCCACAGCUGCAAGGGCGAGGUCAGCCCCAAGCUGCCGGAAUACACCUGCCCCCGCUGUGAGUCUGGCUUCAUUGAGGAAGUCACUGAUGAUUCCAGUUUUUUUGACAGCAAUUCCCUGGAUGACAGCCCCUCCUCACAAUUCUCAGAGCUUUGGGACCACCUGGAUCACACCAUGUUCUUCCCGGAUUUCCGACCCUUCCUGAGCAGCAGCUCCUUGGAUGGAGAGAGCAGGGAGGUGGAGAGGGGUCCCCCAAACGAGUUUUGGGGUCCCGGGCGUCCCCCGCGGCUGCCGAUGCCGCGGAGGUACCGGGCCCGCGGCAGCUCCCGCCCGGAUCGAUCGCCGGCCAUCGAGGGGAUAAUCCAGCAGAUCUUUGCUGGCUUUUUUGCCAACCCAGCCCUUCCUGGCUCCCAGCACCCCUUCUCCUGGAGCGGGAUGCUGCACUCCAGCCCCGGCGACUACGCGUGGGGACAGAGCGGCCUCGACGCCAUCGUCACCCAGCUCCUGGGGCAGCUGGAGAACACGGGACCACCGCCAGCAGACAAGGAGAAGAUCUCCUCGCUCCCAACAGUGCUGGUGACACAGGAACAAGUUGACACAGGCCUGGAGUGCCCGGUGUGCAAGGAGGAUUACGCCGUGGCCGAGCAGGUCCGGCAGCUCCCCUGCAACCACGUCUUCCACAGCAGCUGCAUCGUGCCCUGGCUGGAGCUGCACGACACGUGUCCAGUGUGCAGGAAGAGUUUAAAGGGAGAAGAUUCCACCCGGCAAAUCCCAAAUCCCGACCCUGCCGACAGCCCAGUGCAGGAGAGUUGGACUUUCUGACCCUUCUAAAACAAUUCUGCAACCUUCCAGAACCUUCCAGAACCUUCCAGAACCUUCCAGAAGCCAAGAGCAUCCCAGCUGGAGGUGUACAUUGCCUGAGAAUUCCAACAAACCCCACCCUGAGUAGCAGAAAUUUGGGGAUCACAGCACCGAGCGCUCUCUUCCCAGGAAUUUUUCCUUCUGCUCCAUGGAAUUGCCUAAAUUGGGAUUUUUUGGGAGUGAUUUAAUUUUUGUAGCAGAAAAGGUUGGUUUUUUUGGGUUGUUGGGUUUUGUUGGUUUUUUUUUCCCAGUAGGAAAGAGGGGGUUCCAUGUCUCCCUCGUAGGCUCCUCUGGGGAAAAAAAAAAAAAAAGUUUGGGAUAAAAAUGGGAUAUUUUUGGGGAUUUUCCCGCACUUCAGGAGAUUGGAAUUGCAACCGUGAGAGAUUUGAUUGUCCCAUUUGGGAUGGAAUCCUUGGGGCUCCAUAAAAUCGUGGCAGUUGGAAGAAGGAAGGUUCUGGAGCCCUUCCUGAGGGGGGGUUGGAGCUUCAGGAGCGCCCUGGGAACGCCGUGCUAUCAGGAAUGCUCUGAGCAGGAUUUUCUCCCUUCCUUGGACUAUUUUUUGGGCUUUUUGGGGUUUUUUUCUGACCCUUUUCCAUGUUGCCUGUUGGCCCCAGGUGUGUCCAAAGCUCCCUCUGCUCCCCCACGAGUCAUUCCAGGCAGGAAUUGUGGACCACUCCCUUGGAAACCCCACAGAACUUAAGGAAAAUCUUGAUUUUUUUCCUCAUUA